AUGUUGGAGGCUUUUGAAAUUCUCACAGCCUCGGGCGUGGUGCUCUGGUCCAAGUCAUACGCUCCGGUGGGCGCACAUGUCAUCAACAGCCUGAUCAACGAUGUCUUCAUCGAGGAGAAAGUCGUCCCGCAGAGUGCGACACCUGGAGUCUCGCCGGCAUACAAGAAGGAGAAAUACACAUUGAAAUGGAAGAGAGUCAAGGAGUUUGAUUUGAUCUUCGUGGCCGUUUACCAAUCGCUGCUUCAUCUUGGAUGGAUUGACAAACUUCUCGAGAAUAUUUCUACAAUCUUUAUCGAUCUCUAUAAGGAUCAGGUGAAGGGAAGCCGCGCGAGAAUCCAAACCUAUCGGUUCGAUCAAUACUUUGAGCAACAAGUGCGGGAACUUGAGGACAACACUGGUGGCUUUGUGGAGGGAUAUGAGCCAGAGACGGGCGAUAAGAAAGAUCCGCUUGUUUCAUCAGACAAUGGAGGACCACCCCCGCCACCGGUACCUGGCUUGGCUAAAGCGCAGCCUAGAGCUGCGCUAGCCGGGGCGACCUCUGACGAGGGUACGCCACCAACUACACCAGAAAUUUCUAGAUCUUCGACCCCCCAGGGCCAUCUUCUUACCGCGAAAGCCGGACCAGGAGGUCGUGCUUCCAGACGUGCGCGCAAGGCUGCUAAUUCAAGCGCCAACGCAUCGUCUGGUGAUGAGGCUCGGAAGGGGAAACCAGCCAAAACCCCUGUGAAGAAAAUGCGCAGAUGGGAUGAUAGUGGAAUGGCGGUCGAUGGUGAUGAAGAGAUCCUUGAUUACUCUGCCCCCGCCGAGGAGGGAGAGGCCGCUGCACCAGCAGUCGAGGGUGUCUCUGAGGAUGAUUGGGGUCGCCGAACUGGCAAGGGUCAAUUCGUGUUGAAGGAGUUGGGCGAGGAAGUCCAGUCCAUUUUGGAUCAAGCCGAUGCAGAAAAGUCCAAGAGCACUGCUUCGUCUGGUGUUGUUGGUUCCGGAUUUAAUGCAAUCGGUGGUUUCUUCCGCAACAUUGUUGGAGGAAAGGUUCUGACGGAUUCGGACCUCGAGAAGCCGCUCAAGGCGAUGGAAGAACACCUUUUGAAGAAGAACGUGGCGCGUGAAGCCGCCGUUCGUCUCUGCGAUGGAGUCAAGCGGGAGAUGGUUGGCAAGAAGACUGGAAACUUCCAGAGUAUCGAUGCCGCCUUACGUGUGGCCAUGGAAUCUUCGCUGCGGAAGAUCCUCACGCCGACUUCUUCCUUGGAUCUGUUGCGCGAGAUCAACGCUGUAGUUGCCCCCGCUACCAAGCAGCAGGCGCCUCGCCCGUAUGUCAUGUCUAUUGUUGGUGUCAACGGCGUUGGCAAGUCGACCAAUCUGAGCAAGAUCUGCUACUUCUUGCUGCAGAACAAGUACCGCGUACUUAUCGCAGCCUGCGAUACUUUCCGUUCUGGUGCCGUGGAGCAGCUCCGCGUGCACGCUGACCGUUUGAAGGAAUUGAGCGUCCGCGAGAAUGCAGGCGACGUGGAGAUUUACCAGAAGGGCUAUGGCAAGGACGCUGCCAAUGUCGCCAAGGAUGCAGUUGAUUACGCUGCGGCCAACAAGUUUGAUGUCGUCCUGAUUGAUACUGCCGGCCGCCGGCAUAAUGAUCAGCGGCUGAUGUCCUCGCUCGAGAAGUUUGCCAAGUUUGCCAACCCAGACAAGAUCUUUAUGGUUGGUGAGGCUCUGGUCGGCACAGACAGUGUCAUGCAGGCCCGCAACUUCAACCAGGCCUUUGGCACUGGCAGGAACCUGGAUGGUUUCAUCAUCAGUAAAUGUGAUACCGUCGGCGACAUGGUGGGAACCUUGGUCAGCAUGGUCCACGCUACCGGUAUUCCCAUCGUUUUCUUGGGUGUUGGACAGCAUUAUGGAGAUUUGCGAGGACUUAGUGUUCCCUGGGCUGUCAGUCUACUGAUGAAGUAA